AUGUCUGCGACGCUCUCGGACCUGGACACUCUCUUGGAAGCUAUUCUCGCCGACGAACUCGAUCAACUUGCCAGCCAAGCUUCUGCGAACUCUAUGCCAGCCAUCACGCCAUCCUCCUCUUUCGCUGUGCUCUCAACGACCUCCGCCACGCCGGACGUGGCCCCGGCCGCCGCCUCGAUUACCCGACAGGCGCAAAUCACAGGCGCAUCUGCAGAUGCAUCCUCGACGCCCCAGCUAUCUACCGCCAAGGAUCCUUCGCCUACUUCUACAUCAGUCGAGGCUGCUUCGACCGAGAUAGGGGCUGCUCUGGCGCCAAGCUCUCCGAUUGCGAAACUGGCGACUACGACGACUUCUCUGGCUUCUCCAACCUCGAUCGAGAAAGCAGCAACACUGAUGACUGCAUCUCCGCCGACGACCGCUCUUGUCCAGUCGGCGCAGGCUCAGCCUCGUACUUCCUCCUCGGAAGCGACAUCUGUACUUACGCCUGGCACGCCGUCCUCGAGCCCAAUAGGAAGCCUUUCGAACUUGGCAGCACCUACUGCGGAACCGACGACUACUCUGACGACGACCAUCAUCAGCUCCAUCUCGAGCGUAAACUCUGCCUCAAACAGCGCCAGCGCCGUCCUUGUCCCUCUAGCCAGCACAACGGAUGCCACCGCCUCGAUCACCAGCAGCCCGACCGCCUCCAGCGCGACCGACUACAACACCAGCAGCGACGCGGGCCGGAUCACUGCCAUCGUCAUCGGCUCCCUCGCCGUCUUCGCCACGCUAUGCGCCCUCGUCUCCUGGAUCUAUCGCACCUGGAACCGCCACCGCCACCGCCCGAGCCUAAACACGCGCAAGAGCUGGCCGUUCGAGAGCGACCGGCGCAGCACCACGACCUCCUCUGACGCCGAGUCCGCGGUGGGCUACGACCGCGCGGCGGAGCACGACGUCGGCGAGCCUAAGCGGACCGACAGCUGGUACCAGUCGCAGUCGCAGCCCGUGUCGCCGAUUAAGAACCACUUUCGGGCUUCCGUUGCCUCCUCCACCGACGACGCCUCCUGCGCCGCCGCCGCCCCGAUCACGGUGUACCACACACCGACCCCAGCCGCGACUUACGCACCGAUCCUUAGCACCCCCGUCCCGCCCGCGCUCAACCCUCCACCGAUCAUCGCCAACCCACACUACAGGCUCAAGCGCGCCGACAAAUACGACACCGAGCCGCCCAUCCGCUCCGUCGGCGCGCGCAUCCCCCGGGUCGAGACGCCCGCGGCGAGCAUCGCGGAUGGGCACGAGACACUUGGCGCCCUCCACGUCGCGAACAUGAUGCCCGGCGACGUCACGUCCGCAAGCGGCGCUAGCCCGUGGGUGACACCCCGCCUCGGGUCCGACUUCGGCACGCCGCGCGAGCGCGAGAUCCAGCCGCGCUACUCCACCGUCAAGGACGGCGGCCUUCCCGUGCCCUGGCUGAUGCGCAGGCCCGGCGCGUCCUCCGACGGCGACUCCGUCCGCUCCUCCCGCGCUUCGUCCCCGGCCAACUCGGGGCGGUGGUCUGUCGCGCCGACGCGGAUGCGAACGCCCAGGGAGCUCGAAUCGCAGGCGCCCGUGAAAGACGAUCAGACCUGGACCGCCUCGUCCUGGACCGCCGCCAUUAGGACCAGCGUUUACAACGCCGUGGACUCGAUUUCUGGAGGUCGACUGCUCUCUGGCGCAAACACUGGGUCCGAGGAUGACGAGGACGCAUUCACCCCCGUACCCAAGCGCUCCAACCGACGCCCUUCCGUGCGAUCAGUCGACUGGCAAUCGGACCGGUCAACAUCGACGCAUAUUCCUAGCCCCGUCCCGGAGGAAGAGGGCGACAUGGAUGGCGACGGCGCAAGAACCGCGUUCUCGCGAUCAAGCAGCGUGUACAGCAACGUCGUCUACGGCGCUGGCAGCCAACCACCGCGACUCCCGGAGAUCGAGCAGUGGCAUCGACCUAUCUCCUUCCGUACGAACACGGACAUGACCACGAGCACGGCCCCUUCACGGUCACAGUCGCACGAGAGCCAACUGACCGACGCGGAGAAAAGAGCGAGAGAUCUGCUCAAGGAGCGCAUGGGACGCAGAAGUUCGUUGGGCGAGUAG